AUGCCCUGCGCCAACUCAAGCACUGGAAGUGAUGCCGUCACGCCUGGGAAGGACCCCUGUGCAACCACAAGGGAAAGGACAAAGCUGAGAUCCUCCGUCUUUGGCCAGAUGAGGGUGACAACCAUGUUCGACAGGUCAGAGACACUGCCCCCCGCCCACCAGCGGCCCAUGGCUGUGGAUGUGCCACAAGGUUGGCCUAAGGACUGCAGCGAGAUCCCUGCUGGUAGCCCUAGUGGCAUCUACAUCAUCAAACCUGCAGGACUCCACUACAUUCUGGUGUACUGUGAAAUGAAUGUAACGAAGGGAGGUUGGACGGUCAUCCAGAGGAACAAGAAAGAUACACCCGUCACCUGGGCCGAGUCCUGGAGCACCUACAAGUACGGCUUUGGGAACGUGCGCAACGAGUACUGGCUGGGCACGGAGUACAUCUAUCAGAUUGCCAAGCAGAAGGUCUACCAGGGCAAGUUUGUCCUCGAGGAUGCCACGGGCAGCCCCAAGUUCGCAGACUACAACCUCUUCAGUCUGGAAGAUGAAUCCCGUGGGUACCUGUUGAGGCUGGGCGCCUACAGCGGGACGGCAGGGGAUGCCAUGACCUCAGACAAUCCCAACAAGGUGCAUGACAACAUGAAGUUCUCCACAAAGGACAAGGAUCAGGACACUUACAGUAAGAACUGUGCCUACAGCUAUGAGGGUGGAUGGUGGUACUCAGCAUGUUAUUCUGUACGGCUGAAUUUCAAGGGUGGCCUGACAUGGGGUAGCCUGUGCAAUGGGAACUGCAAAUCCUCUCUCAUCCUCAUCAAACCAGCUUCCUACUGUUAG